AUGUCACCUCCGCCGCCGCCCGCAACCACUGGUGCGCCGCCACGUGCCCCCCAGCGACCCACUUCGCCGCGGGCCUGCAGAGCCCAUCUGAGGCCCGCGCAGGCCCGGAUCUCCGCCGCCCGUCCCGGGUCGCCGCGCCGCCGCCUCCUGCGGGCGCCCGAGCCACGCCGCCCGUCGCCGGCGAUCGUUGCCGCCACUCAGCGCACCCCGCACCACCGCCGCCUUCGCUCGCCGCCUCUCCGCCGCUCGCUCGCCGCCGCCCACCGCGUCGCGCCGCCCGCUGCUCGCCCACACCGCCGGUGCACCGCUGCUCCCCGCGUUUCCCCGCCGCCCGUCGCCGGCGAUCGUUGCCGCCACUCGGCGCACCCCGCACCACCGCCGCCUUCGCUCGCCCCCUCUCCGCCGCUCGCUCGCCGCCGCCCACCGCGCCGCGCCGCCCGCUGCUCGCCCACACCGCCGGUGCCCCGCUGCUCCCCGCGUUUCCCCGCCGCCUCGCCGCCUUGGAGCUCGCCGGAGCGAGCCGCUCCUCCCCACUCCGGUCGGAUCCGGCUCCCCGGCCCCGGAUCUGCUCCUCCGCGACUCCCCGCCGACUCGCCCGCGUCCUCAGUCGCCGGCGCGACCUCGUCCCGCCGCCACUGCCAUGGUCAUCCUCGACCUCGUCCCGGGACGCUGCGUCCAUCCAUCCAAACGGGCCCCUGA